CGUAACUUUUCUACACAAACUGACUUUUCGCAGUGCAGUUUUUAAUUGUCAAUUUACAACACAAAACUACCAAAACGGGCUCUUUUGUAUAGGGGGUUUAUUCAUGCUUUAAUCGGCGAAAUAAUCGAAUAGUCUUUUAUUCCGCGCAAAGAGAGAGUGAAAAAUGAUGUCAACCAGUUGUGCGAGCAGUGUUUCCGGCCACAAAUUGUCGUCUCAAAGCCAAAACGAUAAUCGAAGCAAAUCGUGCGAUACAAACUGCACUUCGAAUUCGAGCUGUUUUUUCAAGCGAAGAAAACCGAUGAAUCCGCUCGCCUACUCAAUGCGUCCCACAAUUCACAAGGUAAAUAAUCCAGUUAAACAGAGAGUGAUGUCUGCAAAGCUUUUGAAACUGCGCCAACUGCAAAGCCAAUUAAAUGACGCCAAUUUUCAUUUGGCCGAGGUAGCCAGAGAAAAUCAAACGUUGAAAACUCUGCAGAAAAGACAAGACAAAGCUCUUUCAAAGUAUGAAAACACCAAUUCGGAUCUGCCACGGCUCAUACAUUCACAUGAAGAGGAAAUCCGAGUGUUAACUGAGAAAAAUAAACAUUUGAAGAAAGCGGUAAAAGAUUUGAUGGAGCAGCUGAAGCAAAAGGAGGAUGAGUUGAGUAAAGCGAGGGAACAACUGGCGCAUCUGGAAAAACUGAACAGAGACAAACAUCUCACCCAAAGGGAGAAGCUGACUGAUUUGAUGGAAGAAUGUAAAAUCAAGCUGCAGAAAAGCGAAGAACAAGUGAGUACGUUGAACAGGAAACUGCUGCUCGAAAGCAAGUCUUCGAAACAAAGGUUGAACUCAGAAAUUGUUAAGCAUAAGCAAUGUCAAAAGGAGCUGUUGCAUGCAUUUGAUGAAAUCGAUCGACUUAGUGGCUUAUUAGAUGCCAAAGAAAAUAUGGUACGUCCACGAAAUUCUAGAUUUAAUAGAAUGCCGAUGAAAGAGCCCAUAUCAAUGACGACUUUAAAGGCUUAUCAACCAAUAAACAGAAAUUUUAGUAAUGAGAAAUUACCUUCCCAAACACCCGUUACCGAAGUUAAGCUGGAGCCAAUUACGAAUGGAACCAGUGCCAAAGACCUAGAAAAUAUACAUCGCAAAAACCAAAACGAGUUCAAAGCUCCAAUGGAAAAUAUCAGACAAAGACUUUCAGCAGGCUCAGGAAAAUUCAAUCAAGAUACUAACAAUGCUCACCCUCAAAGCUCAGAUGUGUCAACUGAAAGUAGUGACAAUUCACCAAGUAGUUUCAAGGGAAGGCCCAAAAGCUCCAUGAAGUUGGAAAAACUUCCUUGCGUGCAAGAAAAACAGAGAAUAAGAACGAAAAUGAAAUCAGAUAAUGAUGACACCACAGUUGAAAUUAAUAAUGAGAGGAUGGUUCCAAGUAAUGGUAGUGACGAGGAGGAUGAAGAUGUGAAGAAUGAAAACAUUGUUGUGUGGUACGACCGGAAUAAGCAGGACUUAUCAACGGACUGCAUUAAUAGCGUCAGACCCAAAAUAACCCAACAACAUUUCGGAGAGUCAGAAAAAGACAGUUCGUCAGGAAAUACCUCUGAUGCUGAUUUUAGAGAGACGCUUCAGCAAAUCGAAAAAAGUGACCAUGAACAGGAAAAUUUACUUGAUCAGUCCGAAGAAUCCAGAAGAGGCAGCGAUGGGUCCACAUCUGCGAGUGUCGAAUCCGAACAAGAUAUCGAGAAAAUGGCCGAAAAUUUAGAUAUGGCUAUACAAAAAGCUGCCGAUAAUUCCAAAGAGGAAUUUGAUAAAAAUUUAAGUGAUUAUUGUACAGACGUACUGAGCAACGUUAAAAGUUGCAGUAAAGUAAUAGAACUUCACAAAGAUAGCUUGAAACACUCCAAAAACGAUACGCAGACUCUACUGGAAACUUUCCAAAAUACUGAAAAGGUAGAGGCAAAACUGAAACACUCAUUCUUCAAUUUGGAAGAUGAUAUGGAUUUCGUGAAAGAAAUUUUAAAUGAAGAACACAAAUUUCAAAUGGAGCACAAAGGUAAUAAAUCGUCUCGCGAGAAAAAUGGAAAAAUGGAGAAGAAAUCGAUGGUAAACUUGGAGAACAAGAAAAAACUGUUGGCUACUCUGCGCGCUAUCGAUAAUGACGAUAGUGUGGAUGAAAAACAUGAAUCUGUUGCAAAAGACUUGUUUGGAAAGGUCCACGUCAGAAACUAAUUUUCAAAUUUAAGAACUCUAAACACCUAUAAAUAUCUACUUAUUUUUAUGCAUAUUUCAUAUAUUUAUGUAUGUUAUUUAUGUAAAUAAUAAAGGCUAUUAUGUGUU